AUGCUGGACCAUCUCGUCGGGCUGGUGAAGGUGCGCGUGCUGAGGGGGGUGAACCUCGCCAUCCGCGACCUCCGAUCCAGCGAUCCCUACGUCGUCGUUCGCAUCGGCGAGCAGAAAUUGAAGACACGGGUGGUGAAAAAGAGUACCAAUCCGGAAUGGAACGAAGAACUCACGCUCUCUAUUGAAGACCCUGCGGUUCCUGUCAGACUGGAAGUUUAUGACAAGGACACUUUCGUUGAUGAUACAAUGGGUAAUGCAGAGGUGGACAUCCGCCCAUUAGUCGAGGUUGUGAAGAUGAAACUCCGGGAUGUUGCCGACAAAACCAUAGUAAAGAAACUGGUGCCCAACAGACAGAACUGCCUAGCCGAGGAGAGCUCGAUAUAUAUAUCGGAGGGGAAGGUGAAGCAAGACCUGGUUGUCCGGCUAAGGAACGUAGAGUGCGGGGAAAUAGAGCUCCAGCUUCAGUGGGUCGACCUCCCUGGCUCUAAGGGUGUAUGA